UCUUGGUCCCCGCCCGCCAGCUCUCCCCUGGCCACACCCUCCGCCGGGACGCCGCCACCGCCGCUGCCCUCUGUCCACGAGGCUGCCGGCUUGGGACCCCCAGCACUGACAAGGGGGUGGUGGCCGGGUCCCCCACUUCUAAAACCCUCCCUCUGUCCUGGAAGACCAGCUGUCAGCCUUGGCAGGGGGUCCUUGAAGCCACAGGUGCUCGCUCAGGAUGUCGCCCUCUGGUUGCCUGUGUCUCCUCACCAUCAUUGGCCUGCUUCUCCCCACCAGAGAGUCAGUGAUUAUCCCCACUUCGCCGAUGAGACAGAUGAGGCUCAGAGAGGGGACUCCAGCUGCUCCAGGACAGACAUUGAAGGAGACCACAUCCAUUCCUUCGGCAGACACAAUCACUGUGAACAUUCAUGCCCUGACUCAAACCCCAGACACAGUCCACCCAGAGUCCCAGUCCACCCCUCAGACAUCUCUGCAGGCUGGUGGAACAAGGCAGGAGCAGACGGAGGAGACCCACACCCCACGGCCGACGAGAAUGGAUGUGCUCCCAGCCACAGAUCCGAGGACCGGCCAGAGCGGCCCGGAAGCCACUCCCUCUGCCGCUCCCACUAAAGGCACCACGCUCUUCAAGAGGCGAUCUCCAGGCAAAGACGUCAGGCCGGACGCUGCCCUCGGGCCGACGGGCGCCAGUGAGGACAACCCCUUCUCCUACGACGAGGACACUCUCCGGAAGCGGGGGCUGUUGGUCGCAGCCGUGCUGUUCAUCACGGGCAUUGUCAUCCUCACCAGUGGCAAGUGUAGACGGUUACCCCAAUUGUGCCGGAACUACAACAGGUGAGACCAUCGGAAGGAGGGGCCGGUAACCGAAUCGAGGGGCACCCCGAGACUGAGCCCCCACCGGCUCACCGUGCCCAGCCACCUCCCUCCCCUCGAUGAGUCUACAGAAUAAUUGGUAGAGCCCAGCCCGAGAGGGAAGACCCAGAUGGAGACAGAGCCGGGCUGAUGCUCCAAGUCCCCUGCCCAUCCUGAGGGCUGCUCGGCCCCCUGGGCACUGCCCCCAACCCCGUGCUCCGGUGUCCCAUGCUGUUCAGACGAAAAGUAAAGCACUGUGGUCCUUG